GAGUGUUGUAUGUGUACUGUUUCAUUGAUACAUAGUAAUUGGGAAGGAUUUGUAACCAAAUGUGAUGGAGGAGGGGUGACUUAAGUAUUGUGAGUGUUGUAUGUGUACUGUUUCAUUGAUACAUAGUAAUUGGGAAGGAUUUGUAACCAAAUGUGAUGGAGGAGGGGUGACUUAAGUAUUGUGUGUGUUGUAUGUGUACUAUUUCAUUGAUACAUAGUAAUUGGGAAGGAUUUGUAACCAAAUGUGAUGGAGGAAGGGUGACUUAAGUAUUGUGAGUGUUGUAUGUGUACUAUUUCAUUGAUACAUAGUAAUUGGGAAGGAUUUGUAACCAAAUGUGAUGGAGAAGGGGUGACUUAAGUAUUGUGUGUGUUGUAUGUGUACUAUUUCAUUGAUACAUAGUAACUGGGAAGGAUUUGUAACCAAAUAUGAUGGAGAAGGGGUGACUUAAGUAUUGUGAGUAUUGCAUGUGUAUUAUUUCAUUGAUACAUAGUAAUUGUAUUACAAGUGAAGGAACUUACAUUGUAAAUAUUUAUUUUCUAGUAAAAUUCCAUCCUUACAGAAAGCUGUUCUUUCAUAAGUGCAUCAAAUAAUUUUAAAGUUUUAAUAAUUUCAGCAGUUAUGUGAAUGUUGAGUUUGCCAUUGACUUCUUCACACAUUCCAUGUUAAAAUUCCAUAUUUAGUACUAUUGGAAGAUGUCAAGUAAGAGAUUGUUCUCGAGGACGUAACUAGGGAGACAUUUAAUUGUAUUAAGUAAUUUCAGAUAAAACAAUGUGAUGUUAAUAAGUUAAAUAGGUAGUUAUUAUUUAAAAUCUCAAUCUGAUAUUUACAGGUUUCUGUCCUAAAACUACAGUUUCAAAUUUACAUUCUGUCAUUUCUGUGGAUUUUAGUUGGUAAAAUACUUCUUAAUUAUAUUUGGUUAUAUGUGUUUUUUAAAACUCUUGUGGAAGUUAUGGUCUAAGUAACCACUAAUUUCCACAGUAAACUAAGUUGCUGCAUAUUUUACAAUACAAAUUAUAGAAUAUUGAUCUUUUUCCUUGUAUAGAGAUUUUUUUUUAAGUUGACAUCUUCUGACAAGAUUUCCCCAUGGAUGGUUUUAUUCUAACUUUUAAUUAUUCUAGGUAGGAUAAAAUUCCUGUCACAGUGGUGUCUACUGAAUUUCUUCAUUAAACUUGUUAUUUCCAAACUUUUAGCCAAAUUGGCCUUCUAAUUACACUUUACAAAACAAAUUACAGAGUUUAUCAUUCUGUACUUAGAUAUUUCAGUGUUUUCUAGAGUUUCUUAGUUUUUCAAAGUAAACUACAGCCAUUGUAGUUUUGUGUGUUAUAUAUAAUCUAUAUUCUUUAACCCAGAGUUUGCAGCAUUAUUCUUCUCACUGCAGGUCAGUGAUGACAGUGGUAAGGCAUAUGAAAUGUGUUGGCACUACAUUGAAGCUAUUCUAUCAAUGAGCUCCCCCCCUGUGGGAAACCUAUGUAACGUUAAUAAACAGAUGUCAACUGGACUUCGCUUAUCCAGUUGAUGUAAUAAUUUUACAUGGAAUCAUUCUAGAUUAUGACAUUUAGAAGACACCUUCUGUGGCCACAGGAAAACAGGUUUCUUUCAAUAUGAUUAAUCAGAAUAUAUUUAGUUUCUAAUAGAAAAAUAAAAUGCAUUUCUGUUUCUAAUUACCUGUAGUUGUCAAGAAUGGCUCCAAAAUAUCCACUGCAAUGCAGAAAAACCACUGUUAAUAGCAGUCAAAGAGGCAUCAUUAGCACUUUCUAAUUAUCCACUGCAGUGCAGAAAAACCACUGUUGAUAGUAGUCAAAGAGGCAUCAUUAGCACUUUCUAAUUAUCCACUGCAGUGCAGAAAACCCACUGUUGAUAGUAGUCAAAGAGGCAUCAUUAGCACUUCUUAAUUUAAGUGGAACAUUAUAAUGCAAACCAUCAUUUAAUUCCAGGUUAACCAUGCCAGCAUCAUCACCAUGUGUUAGAAAGGAAUUGUGGGUAUCUCCCACCGGAAUAUGAAGCACAAACUAUAUUCUUUUUUAAUGUAAGGUUUUGAGAAUGCUUAAUGAUCAUCAUCCAACUAAGGUAUUUCUGAAUACCCAUCACAUGCUGUCUACUGAUAAGGUAGAAUUGUAACGAGAUCAUGAAAACAAAGCAAUUUAAAACAGAAACUGAAAGACCAAGAUUUGGAUUCAAUAGAGAUUAUUAUGGGGGGAUUUCCAAUUUGGUAUGGACUUAUCAAUAAGAUUCUCCCACCCCACACAGGAGGAUAUAAAUACAUUCCAAUAACUGCUGUGUAUGAAUCUGAAGUUUCAUAAUGAUAUUGUAAUACUGUUGCAUUUGAAAAUAAUCUUUGCACUGACCUUUAACACAGUGGUUUUAGGAACUGUACUUUAAUUGUUUUUAUUGAAUUUGAUUUCGAAAAGUAUUUAUGGUUUUUAAUUAAUCAGUAACUUUCAAGUUUCACAAAGUUUAUAAAUGUACAAUCUUUGUUUUAGCAGUGUUAUUAGAUCUCUGAUUUAAGAAGUUUGUAGUAUUGUUUUACAUGGUUGAGUUUCCUUUAGGCCACAUGCUAUCCAUAUCUCUUAGUUACCAAUUUCUAAAAUCUGUAUUCUGUACAAUGCUCAUAUGAUCCAUGAAUAGUUGUAACAUGAUGUAUUAGUAUCAUUGAAAGUUGAAACAAUGAGUAUUAACUUAUGAAUAAUCGUUAUAUAUAUAUAUUAUUAGAAUAAUAUAAUGUUGAGUCCCAUGAUACACAAAUAAUUGUUUUGGAGUUUGGUAUUUUGAAGGAAGUAAAUUAACAUUUGAAUUGAAAACAAAUAUUAUUGAUGACAAAUGUUCACACAAUAAAGUAGAAUUAAUUAUAAUAUGGUGUAUUAGACGAAAUUGACAACUGAUUUUCUUAGUUUAAUUCAAACCAUUCUUAGAAUUUUAUAAUUGGUUUUAAAUAGUUCUUGCUUUUACAGAAUAAAGCUGGAAUGAGUGGGUUUUAUAAAUUCUUUGGGUAAACCUUUAGGUGCUAUUUUUAUAAAACAGUUAUCAGUAUUAUUAAAAGGUUUGAACAAUAUCACUAUUGUGGUAUUUUACUUCUGUUUGUGUUAUUGAUAUUAUGUAGUGAAAGAAGAAACUAAACAAAAUGUCACUCUCCUUUCGCCUUUAUGUGUCCAGGUCUCCUUCUCCUGAACCAAUCUAUAACAGCGAGGGCAAGCGUUUAAACACGCGGGAGUAUCGUGCCAGGAAGAAGCUUGAAGAUGAAAGGCAUAGCUUGAUUCAAGAAAUGUUUUCUAUCAAUACCGAUUACAAACCACCUGCAGAUUAUAAACCACCAGUUGUACGAGUGAGUGAAAAAGUGAUGAUACCUCAAGAUGAGCAUCCUGAUAUCAACUUUGUUGGACUUUUGAUUGGUCCUCGUGGGAACACUCUGAAAUCCAUGGAGAAAGAAACGGGAGCCAAGAUCAUCAUUAGAGGUAAAGGAUCAGUAAAAGAAGGUAAAGUUGGACGAAAAGAUGGUCAGCCACUACCUGGUGAAGAUGAGCCCCUUCAUGCCUUUGUAACUGCUAACAACCCUGAAAGUGUUAAAAAGGCUGUAGAUAAG